GUUUUGUUCUUCUUUUUGAGUAUUCCUCCAAGGACGGUGGAGAUCCGUACGCAGCUGCAUUUGCACUAGAAACUGUGUGCAAGGAGUUUGGCAGGUCUUGGUUUUUGAAUGCUGGAAACCAUGUCAUGAGGAACCAGUAGUCGAUGUCGUGUGCGGGCAUUCAGGACAACGUUCCGGUAUGGGCGGACAGCAAGGUUUCUCCACCAUCCAUAUGCGUCGAACCGAGACAACGUUCAUGGUCUUCCCUUGAGCUUAAAACCUUUGAAUGUUCCUAUGACCGACCCAGCCCUCCACUGCGUUGUGGCGCAGUCUAGAUCAUGUCAUCCUGUUUAUGACAGUUUUCCCCAUCUGUUCCACUCGACAUCUCGCAAACGUCGUCGCAGUCAAGCGCUACUGAUACCUGAUACCAUGAGCAUGAGCAAUCCCUUGAGUGACAGUGUCGCUAGAUCUUCGAAUGGAACCUUUACAGAGUUUGAUCAAAGCGUUUUGCUAGAAGAUUAUUACAAAAGCAAGGGCGUGGCUGCGAGACCCGGUCUAUGUCUUGGGUAUUCCUUGGAAUGGAUAUCAAAGACGUUGCAGGGAAAACAAGGUGAAUUCUAUGAGAAGGCUGGAGAUUUGGAGACUAUCGAGCGACUCAGCAAAAUAAAUCGUAAAUUUCCCGCUCUGAUCUCAUACCACUCAGUUUCCCCUCUGGUCAAAGAAAUUGCCGCACCACUGGCCCUGCGUGUGCGAAAGGACGAGACUGAUCCCGUGGGUGCGUAUACUUGGAUAAGGGAAGACAACCGGUUUAUAACCAAUAAAUGCGAACCAUUCGGCUCCCUGAUCUUCCUUCCGUCGGAGUCUGAGGAUAGGAUAGGACACACUGUUGCUGUGACAAGCUACAUCGAGUCAACCGAGUGGGUAUGGUCUUACUUUGACCCGAAUCAAGGCCAGAUGACAAUUAAACGACCUUUUGACGGGAAAAUUUGUGGACGUUACUAUGAAGAGAUGCCCGAAGGAUCUGAUACUCGCAUGAUGAUAUACAAGGAAGAGGCUGAUGCUGAUGUGUGGUUUCGCCAGCUACUCGAGUAUGAGAACGCAAACGGUUUCGUUCGGAGGAAAAGGAUUGAUGUGUGUCCGCGAGACUGAAAUCGGUAGUAUAGUGGCGGUGAUAAUGCAACGAUAGGUUGGGCAACUGGAGAGGGUGAAGGGAGAUAUGUCACGCAUUGUUUCCGUUACAAUAUAUAUCACGGAUUGUUGCCGCGGAUGGGGGAAGGUUUGCU